CUUCUUUCUCUCUCAUUGUACACCUGGCCUUGCAAUCUCCCUACCCUUUCACCACGCUCCUCCAUUCGAACCAGUCUCUGUUUGUACCAAAAAUGGCGAACCGACAGUCGGGCGAAACGUAUAACGAACGCUCGAAAGGAAAAGACGUACGGACUUCCAACAUUGUCGCUGCCAAGUCCGUUGCGAAUGCCAUUCGAACGUCUCUCGGCCCUCGCGGAAUGGACAAGCUCAUUCAGCUUUCCGGAAAUGAAGUCGUCAUCUCCAACGAUGGCGCCACUAUUCUUUCCAAGAUGAAGGUCCUGCACCCCGCCGCCAAGAUGCUCGUUGAGUUAUCGCAAUCCCAAGACAUUCAAGCAGGAGACGGCACCACGACGGUCGUCGUCUUAGCUGGUGCGCUCUUGGAAGCCUGUGCAUCCUUACUUAGCAAAGGGAUUCACCCUACGCAGAUUUCUUCCAGCUUUUUACGUGCUGCCGAGGUGGCCUGCGGAUUUUUGAAACAAGUCGGCAAGCCCGUGGCGUUGCAGGAUCGGGAAAAACUCUUGCAUGCCGUCGAAACCUGCCUUUCCUCCAAGGUCGUGGCUCAGAAUUCCGAUUUGCUCGCUCCAAUUGCCGUUGACUCCGUCUUGAGUCUCAUGGACAAGGAAUUACAGGAAAACAAUGUCGAUUUGCGGGAUAUUCGUAUGGUACAGCAAAUGGGUGGGACCGUGGACGAUACCGAACUCGUUGACGGGCUCGUUCUUACCAAGGGCGCCAGUAAGACUGCCGGCGGACCCUCCGCCAUGAAGGACGCUAAGAUUGCCCUCAUUCAGUACUGCUUGUCGGCUCCCAAAACCGACAUGGACAACAACGUUGUGGUGAGCGACUACGCCGCCAUGGAUCGUAUCCUGCGCGAGGAACGCAAGUACAUUCUCAAUCAAUGCAAACAGAUUAAGAAAAGCGGGGCGAACGUCGUAUUGAUCCAAAAGUCGAUUUUGCGCGAUGCCUACAACGAAUUAAGUCUGCACUUUCUGGCCAAAAUGGGGAUUCUGGUAGUUACGGAUAUUGAGAGACCCGACGUUGAUUUCAUUUGUCGCACGCUGGGCUGUCAUCCGAUUGCGCAUGAAGAUCAACUGGCUCCGGAAAAGCUCGGCACGGCAGCCAACGUGGCCGACGUCUGGAUGGAAGGCGGACACAACAAAGUAGUAAAGUUUACUGGGGUGGCCAAUCCGGGAAAAACGGUCACUGUUCUAUUGCGAGGUAGUAACGAGCUUGUUCUGAGCGAAGCAAACCGUUCUUUACACGAUGCGCAGUGUGUCGUACGCUCGCUCGUGAAAGAGAGGUUCUUGAUUGCGGGUGGAGGCGCAGCAGAAACCGAAGCUGCUCUCCGUUUGAAGGAGUACGCGGUUGGUUUGACUGGAAAAGACGCUUACUGCUUUGCAGCCUUUGCGGACGCCCUCGAAGUGAUUCCGUACACACUAGCUGAAAAUGCCGGUAUGAAACCGAUUGAAGUGGUCACCGAACUCCGAGCAAAACAUUCGGCUGGUAUGCAGGGUGCCGGCAUCAACGUGAAAAAAGGAAUCGUAUCGGACAUGUACGAACUGAAUGUUUUGCAGCCCUUGCUUGUAUCGACGUCGGCAAUCCAACUUGCCACUGAAACGGUUUCUAUGAUUAUGAAGGUGGAUGAUCUUAUUGUGGUGCAGUAGUAACCUAGCUAGAAGGACUGACACUGGCG